AUGUCGGCUCACUUACUCAUGCUCUUUCUCCUCUUCAUCAUCCCCAUGUUCAAGUGCACCUACGCCUUUGGUGAUUUUGGUGAGCAUGGCUUCAACUACGACACCGGCAUCCCUGUGCGCAUGUUUCAGCUUAAUGGUGUGGCUUCUGUCACAAGCGGGGCACUUAUGCUAACCAACAAUGAUCCACAGAAGAGCGGGCAGGCUUUCUCUAGGCGUCCAUUUGGCUCUAUUACCUCAUUCUCAACCACCUUUGUGUUUCUCAUCAUGCCCCCGGAAAGCAACCACAGGGUGAGUGCGCAUGGGCUUGCCUUUGCGCUUUCAUCCACGAUGGACUUUGUGUUCGAUGCCCUCCCGGGUCCGUACCUGGGCCUGACCAACAUGGAAAGCAACGGUAAUGGCACAAACCAACUCUUUGCUGUUGAGCUUGAUACAAUUAAGAAUCCCCAAUUUGCUGAUAUUGAUGACAACCACAUUCGAAUCGAUGUGAAUGACAUGGAGUCCAUUGAUUCCCACACGGCUGGUUACUACACCUCAAAUGGUAUGUUCUCUCCAUUGAAGCUUGCGAGUGGUAAACCGAUGCAAGUGUGGGUGGACUAUGAUGGCAUCUCGCACAACAUUAAUGUCAGUUUGGCACCUUAUUUAGAGCUCAAGCCGCAACGUCCAUUGUUGUUAAGCAGUGUUAAUCUUACGUCUGUGUUGGCAAACAACUCAUUCUAUGCUGGGUUUUCAUCUUCAACGGGCCUCCUUAAGUCAAGGCACUACAUUAUUGGAUGGAGUUUCAACACAACUGGGAAGGCUCAUCCACUUAACUACACAUCCCUGUCUCAGAUUAUAGAAGAAGUUAGACAGAAAACACAAAACCGCUCACGUAUUACCCGAGCCAUUUUUGUACCAGUUGUCAAGGAACUAGACUAUACUGAUAAAUUAAGCAUAUUCAAAACUAAUUUACCACUGAGCUUUCAAAGUCUUCAGACAAUCAAACACCAAAAUUUAAACCCGAUGAGCGAUGGCUAG